AUGAUGAGGUGGAGCAACAGCUGCAAAAGCGUGCUCCCCCGCUUCCUGCUCUUGCUGGGGAGUGCGCUACAGAUUUCCCCCGCCAGUCCUACUGCGGUGGUAGGAUCAGAUCUUCGACCCAGAGGAGCGAGCCCGCAGGGAUGGAUCCCUCCACAGACGGUGACUAUUACUGAGACGACCCGCUAUACUUUGACUGUCCUGACGACUCUGACCGUCAACCCGGGAAUAUCGACUGCCGUGGUGACAAGCAGGAACACCUCCGCUACCAGGUCCACAACAACCCAGACUUCCAUUUUCACAUCCACUACUACAACAACCGUUACACCGACCCCGACCCGGGCUCCCAAAAUCCGCCGUCAGGUCUCGCAACGACCCAGCACCGUGACUGUAACAACUACAGUAUGGGCUUUCCCAGACGUAACAAUAACCUCUACAAUCAGCUUCACCGCCCCAGCAAGUCUCUUGACCACAAUGACUAGUAUGUCAAUGACUGUGGCUACGGAUAUUGUCACGGAGAGCACGACAACGACUAGUAUUGUUACUGUUACCGCCACGGCAGGUAUCACGAGAGCGACUGGGCAAGGGGCGGUGGGGGGUGGGAGGCAGGGUCCGCGUGUAGAGGUUAUUGUGGGAGCUACGUUUGCGGCAUCGACAGUUGUCGCGCUGCUGGUAUUUUUGUACGUGAGGUUUGUUAGGGGGAAGGAUGAUAGGGAAGUUGCUAUUGGGGAAGCGGGAGCAGCGGGAGCAGCUAGUGCAAAUAAGAGGGGAUACACACCGUAUGUGACGAGGCCCAUGAGUGGUAAUUCCCCUCCACCUCUAUCCAUUCCAUCGUCAUACUCAGCUGCACGGGUAUAAAGUGUUAACAAACCAAACCCACUAGCAAUAAAAUCCCUCCUCCAUCCCCGCAAACCACCCUACAACCCGGUCCCAGCGGGCGACGCAAGUCUGCUCAACCCGCCUUACAACCCGGCAAACACCUCCCUAUCCGCACUAACUACCUUUCCCCGCUCCUACCCCCACCAAUCGCAGCCCCACCAAAACCGCCACUUCCGCACCUCCUACUCCCCCCCACUAGCGCCCACCUUCCCUACCUCCGCCGCACCCUCAACCUACCUCCCUGUAUCCUCGACCCCGCCCCGCCUCCCGCAAAUUUAUGUGACCCGCACAGAUUCUGCUUCGACCAUAAGCUCGUUUAGCAGCUCUAGCCACUCCGACCCGCCCGUACCCAUACACCCUCUCAGCGCUGCCGGGGCAAGGUUGCCGCCGGCGCGGGAGGUGCAGUUCCACGCGCUCACGACGGCUGGCGAGGAGCGCAGGGUGGGCAUGCCGCCGCAGGAGGAGCCAGUGGAGCUCGAGCCGUCAUGGCAUAGUUUGAGUAGGGGCGGGAGUGGGAGUAGUGGUGGUGGGAUUAGCGUCAGGAGGAAGCCAUUGCCUUGGGGGUCUACGUUCCCUAUAUGA